CCGUAGGAGGCGGCGGCGCGGUGCGGCGGACGCUCAGGCCAGCAGCAGCAGUACCACCACCACCACCAUGUCCCCGGGAAGCGGGGUGAAGAGCGAGUACAUGAAGCGCUACCAGGAGCCGCGCUGGGACGAGUACGGGCCGUGCUACCGGGAGCUGCUGCACUACCGCCUGGGCCGCCGGCUGCUGGAGCAGGCGCACGCGCCCUGGCUCUGGGACGACUGGGCUCCUGCCGGAGGCUCGGACGACUCGGCGUCGUCGGCCUCGUCGGGCGCAGGCCGCCCCGCGCCUCCCGCGCCCCGCUGCGCCCCGGCCUCGCCCCCGCCGCCCGCGCAGUCCGGGGCGCGGGAGGAGCCGGCGCGGCGCGCGCGCGAGGCCCCGGAGGAGCCGGGCGCGGAGGCCGGGUGCGCCGAGGCGGUGGAAGCGGAGGACGCGGCUGUGCCAGCCUUGCCAGCGAAAGACGUAGAAGAAAAACCUGAACAGCAAACCAAAACGAAAGAAACUGACAAGUUACCCACCAGUGUCGUACCCCGACAACAACCAAGUGCCUUAUUUGCUAGAGGAAAUAGGAAAGCUGCCAAAAGUCCCCAAAGAUCAAGUAAAAUAAAAGAGAAUAGGCACCCAUUUGCUCUCUAUGGCUGGGGAGAAAAACAGAUGGAUACAGGAAGCCAGAAGACUCACAAUGUCUGUGCCUCCGCUCCUGUGCAUGAGAUUCAUGAGUCAGCAUUACGAGCCAAGAACAGAAGACAGGUGGAAAAACGGAGACUGGUUGCUCAGAGGCAGCGUGCUCACUCUGUGGAUGUGGAGAAGAACUGCAAGGUGAAGCCCGCCUCCUCGGAGAACCCGUGGAUGACAGAGUACAUGAGGUGCUAUUCUGCAAGAGCUUAAAGGACAGUAGCCUGGACAGCUUCUCACAGAAAAGUGUAAAUGACACAAAAGAAAAACCAUCAAAUGAAACUGGACAUAGGUUUUAAGAAACCACCUGAUUAUGCAAGGUUUUUCUUAGGGAAUUUCCAAAAGAUUGUUUAUUUUGAUGACUACUGGUCACCUACCUCAGCAGUAGGACAGACAGUUGAAGCCAUAGACACUUGAUUAUUUAUGAAGAUGAUUCCCUAAAUCUUUGGUAUUCUUACAAGGGUUUUAAGGCAUCUUAAAUCUUUUAAGAUUGACACCAAAUGCCUUUAAAUGGCUAUAGAUGCUUACCACUCAGUAUUCUUUUCCUAGUGGAGCCCAUUUUCAUUCCUGUCCUGAAUAACUUUUCAUAUUCCAUAGCUGGUACAUUCUUUCCACACUGUAGCCUAAGACUUAUUUUCCUUUUUGUGGAGUUCUUUUUGUGAAAGAAUAUCAAGUCAGGCAUGUUCGACACCAUUCUUGAUCCCAUUUAUGAUGCAGCUAGGACUUCCUGAAAAAUUAGAUGUCACUUAUCUGUAUUUCAGUUCAGCAUCACCUUCAUGUACAUUGUUACAUUUAAGAACUGCCUGGGCUAGAUGGGGGGCGGGGGGGAGGUCACCCUUUCCCUUGAAAUUGUCUUCUAGGCACUUAUUAUUUAAUAGCUCUAUAGUUCAGAUACAUUCCAGUAAUUGAAGUGCCAGUACAGUAUGUGUUGAGAAUAGUAAUGAAUUCAAGACUUACAUUUUUUUAAAUUAUUAUUUUUUUCAGAAUAUAUAGUAUGCAAUCAGUCACUUGACAGAUUGGCAUUUUGUUGUGUGCCCCUGUGGACUUUUGCCCCUUCUAGAAUAGCUGGCAAUGACAUUUAGAAUUUACCAUCUGAAAUUACAUUCAGCAAAUUCUGAUUGUUUAGUCCACUGGGAAUGAGGGAUAGAUACUGAUACCCAGUAGGCAUUGCCCUCCACUCCCCCAUCCCCGUUGUCCUCUACAGACUUAGCUGCAAAGGCUGGAUGAAGUGUAAAAUUCAGACUUCAGGUUGGAUUCCUGCUCAGUAGCUCCUCUGCUCACUUGGAUGUCACAGAACAGUGGGACGUGUAUAAUUACAACUGUAUUUCAAUUGUACUAUUUCCCUUGAGCAUGUUUGCUUUUGGUGGGUAGAAGAGUGGAUUUAUAAAAAACAACAAAAUCCACAGGUUUCCUUCAAAUGGGUCAAGUCUUAUCUAACCUGAGAAAGAUGAGUAGUAAGUUAUAACAGAAGGGCCCCUUGGCUGUGCUAGCCUAGCACCUGAGGGAGGAGCACAGGUGAGACAUGAGGCUGGGCACUGCCCUGAUAUUGUUACUCUAGGUCUUUGAAGUAUGAGAUUCAACUUUUACAACAAAAAAAAUGGGUUUUGUUUCACAUAAAAUUGUCACACAAUGUCAUUUGAUAGCUCUAAAGCUUUGAAAACUUACACUGAAGAGCAGUAAUUUUAAAAAACAGUUUGAAUAAGCGCAUAAUUUUGAGGUAAGUGAUUUUACUGACAGUGCUUUCCCAAUCAUUGAGCUGUGUAUUUAAUGAGAGGGGAAUUCAACAAGUUGUCCAAAACAACUUUGUUGAUAAUUCUGGUGAGUCUGGGUGUUAUCUGUUGUUACAGUCUUUAAAUUGCAGGUACCUGAGGGUCACAUUAGUGUGGCAAUUGUGAUGGUAGAGCUGACUGUAAAUUGCAGGUUUGGUUCUGGCCGUUCAUUGUAAGGGUCUGUGUUGCAUCUGACAGUCUAAGGAGGGAUGGCCGUGGGGAGCAGCCAAGGCCCCACACUGAGGGAUGACUGCCUUAGAGACUUACUUCCUCCAGACCAGGAAUAAGCCACAACUCCUUUGUUCAGGAAACAGACUUUAUUUCAUGUGCUUACCAUUGAAAACUUCAGACACAGAUUAAAAACUUAGAAGGCAAUAAUGGCCAUUUUUUUCCACCUUUCUUUUAAAAAAACAUGACAAAUGAAUGAGUUUAAAGGCACAUGGAAGGUCGGAAUCAGUGUGAACUUACUGUGACCGCCAGCCUGAUGUCCCAGCCCUUAGUUAGGAUUUCUUUUCCAAAGUGUGACAAUUGCCUUUGCCAAAUUGUUUAGAUUUCAACCAUUUGAUGGUUCUGCUCUUCCACCCCUCUCCUUCUAAGGACUAGUAUGGUAAUAACCAUCUUUCUAAAUCUUGGGACAACUUGAAAGACAGUGAUGGUUUAAAAUUACUCUUUGUGUUUAAAAAAAAAAAAAAAACUGGAACUGAGAAUCCAGUGACACUUAAACGCUACAGAAAUCUGUAAGAAAAAAAAAAUUCUGGUUUUAAGUUUUUAGUCAAAACCAUUUGCCAUGAACAGGCCUUCUGCAGUUCCUUUUAUUUCACAUUAGAGGCAGAAAUGGAAGAUUAAAAUAGUUUCUAGCUCCCUUCUGGACCAAAGUGAAUGACAAAUAAGAAAGAAUCUAUUUUGUUAUAUGUUUUUUAGGAGGUGUUAGUAUACUUGGCACUUGUAGUUACAUAUAUGUUCUCCUCCCCCCAUGGAACUUCCAUGCAUAUUUUAAUACAUAGAUGUAUGUUAAAAUACUAAAAUAUGUGCUCACAAUGUAGUAGGCACAUAUUUAUGGCAUUUCGAAUGUACUGUUGUUGUCAUGAAAUUCCAUCCAGGAUCGGUCACUGAGGUAAUCUGAAAGGUAUGCUUGCUUAGGUCACCAACAAAAUUGCGAGAAAAAAGCAAGGAAAGAUGUUGAGUUACUGGAAGUCUUCAUUUCCGAAAAUGCAUUUUGUCUAACUGUGUCUUAAGAAAAUCUUUAUGGCCUUUCCUAAUCCCUUUAAAAUGAUUAUUCUGUACCGGGCAUAAGCUUUGUGAAUGGACUGUUAGAGUACUUGAAACUUAAAAUGUUCAGAAGCAUUACUAGCAAAUAGAGAGGACAAAUAUACUCUAAGUAAAGUAAAAAUAAUUUUCUUAUUGACUGCUUUAGUAAAAGAAAAAAAAAUAGCUUAAUGGAUAGUUGUACAUUUAACUGGACUAGAUAAAUGGUGCUAAUAUUUAUACAGAUUGAUUCUAUAGUUGGUUUGGUAUCAGAUAACUGCUAGUGCCUGACCCUUAAAUGUCUUUAUUAUAAUAGUCUUUGGUCAGUUACGUAAUAGUUUUAAAAAAGUGACCCUAAAAAUAUGACCAGGUCAUUUACGAAUGUUUGAAUUUGAAGUGGAUUUCUUUUACAACAGAAUGAAUACAGAGUCAUUCAGUGCAGCUAUAGUUAGUGUACCAAACCCUAGGCCCUAAGAAACCAUGUCUGGAUUUUUGUCCCACAUUCCUCCCUGGAUGUCACUUAGUGUGAGAUGGAAAAAACAUCGCUGAUCCUACUGAUAGUUAUUUCCACUUUCAAAUUCUGGAAUCUGAACGAACACAGUAGAGGCCUCCUCUGAAUUCCUUUUGUGGUAACAGAACUAGUUAGGUGAGGUUUCCCCAGGUAAUUUUUGUUUUGAGCACUAUGUUCACUUUACAGUUCUCAAAGAAUGAAGGCUGGGCACUAGCUGAUCACGGAGCUCAGGCAAUGGGAAUUUGGGGGUUGUGUUUUCUAAGAACUAUGUAUUGUUUUUAGCUUAUAUUUAAUAUUGCACUUACUUGGAACUGUGUAAAUAAAGUUAAUAUUAAAGGCCAAGACUUCUGUUUUGCGAGAAAUAAUUCUGAUUAGUGUAAACAGACUAAGAGAGUAUGAAUGAUACAGACUCUUAAAUGGGUUUUUCAUUAUAUGUUUAACAUGUACAGGAAGAGUUGAGUUCUGUGUAUGUACUUUGAGUUGAAAUAUAUUUUCUCUAUUAUUAAUAGAAAUAAUUUUCUAUUAUACUUUCUUAUUGUUUUGAAGGUUAUACAGGUAAUAGUGUAUGGUGAACAAAUUCAACAGUAAGUAUAAAGAAAAACUUCCCCUCAACACUGUCUCAACAAAAUAAUCUUGGCCAAAACCAGUGUUAUAUUUUGCAUGUAAAGUUUCAGGCUUCUCCUAAGCACUUAUCUGUGGAGAUAAAUUUUUUUGCAUAAAGAUGAGAUUGUAUUAUACACAUAAUUUUUUUUGUAUAAAGAUGAGUUUGUGCUAUACACAUAGUUUUUUCACCUAAUAUCUUAAUGUAAGAUGAAACGUCUGCUCUUUUAUCCUCAUUCAACACAACUACAAGAGCUAGACAGAACACUGAACAGCUGUUUGAGGACUCUGAAAAGUGAAUAAUAGUGCAUAUAAUGGGAACAGUAGAAUCCCAAUACCAUUGACAGGGCAGUGAGCUGGUCGCCGUGUCUGAACACAGCUCGCAGUGAACCAGAGGUGAGCACUGAAGGUGCAGUAGCAGGAAGCCCAGGGAGCAGGACAAAGGAACCGCUAGAGCUGC